AUGAGUUCUACACGUUUAAAAGUGUAUUAUAUUGUUAUAAAGUGGUGAUAAUUAACUUAGAAGAGUUGGUGAAUCGAUAGGAGUCGAAAUCGUCGGAAACCGCCACUUUAAGGGAGCUGUUCGUAGCUGCAGACCACGAAAGCCGCCCACCUUUCACGAAAGCCGCCCGGCUUUCAUCUGCUGCCCAGAUUUUUCAUCUCCAAUUGGUUUAGAACGGGGAUUAAUCGGAGGGCUUGACAAAGGCAACUAUUUCAGCACAUCAUAAGAAUUUGUUAUGCUUUUCGGAGUAGCGUUCACGUGAGCUUUUUUGGGAGUUCACUGGAGGUUUGUGAUAAUGCCCAGAGGCGGCUUUUGGGGGAGUUGGGACAGAGCUUCAAAAAAAUUAAAAAAACCUAUUAGUAUUACCUAUUAUUUACUACUAAUAAUAAGAAUUAAUUAAUUAUCUGGGUUGUGGAGUCUGAAGGUCUGAUUUAGGGGCAUACGGCUCCGACAAGUGAACGACCAAUUCCAUCCGCCGAACUGCCGAUUUGCCUAAGACUUGAAGAAAUCCGAUUUUCCGAACGAGUGUCGACUGAUUCCUGCGUCGUGCCAUCCUGGUGGGCUGCCGCCUGCUUUUCCAGAAAUCCAAUUGGUGACUUCUGUGAGUUUUCACUCCGAUUUCUCUAAUUCCUGUCCUAAAUAAUGAAAUAGGUACUCCAAACUCCAAAGAUCGUAAGGCUCUGUUUGCAACCACUUGUGCUUAAAUAAAAACACUUUUGUGGAAAAAGUUAUUAGUAGUAAAAGUUUGGUAGUGUUUGGUAAAAUAAGUGCUUUUUGUGUAAUAGAAAAAGUAAAAAGUAGAUUAUACACGAAAACCGAGGAAGUAAAAGUUGAUUGUGUUUGGAAAAAUAAGUGCUUUUUUCUUAAAAAAAAAAACUAAAAUCACUUUUUUUUAAUUGUUGAGCGAACACGUGGACAAACAAAAAAAGGCAUUUUUUAGAUGGCACAACCGAAUAAUGAAAUAUGAUAAAGCCUAGUAAAUACUACCAUCCGUUCUCUUUUAAAUUCAACAUUGUAUGUUUUCCACUAUUCACAUGUUCUACUUUGACUCUGUUUGAUUUAUUAUGUAUUAUAAAUCAAAUUUUUAAAAAUAUUUUAAAAUUCUUCUCAUUUUAAAUUUUCAAAAUCUGAAUUUCUUAAUUUUUUUUACUAAUAAGGAAUGAAAGAUAUUAAUAGUCAAACACGUACUAAUAACUAAUAAGGUAUGAAAGAUAUUAUUGGUCAAACUUGUGCGUUAACAAACCUAAAAAGUGUGGUGCAAUUAAAAAGUGGACAAACAGAAAAGGCAAAUUUUUAACUUUUUGAGGUUAGAUCUCGGUUACCAGUUACUAACUUGCUAUUGUUAUUCUGUUAGUGUAUUACUACGGAUUAGAUAUAUAGAUGAAUAAGAUCAUAACUGGUUAACUGAUAAAUUCAUUACACACAGAAAUGAUUAAUUUGAUGGUAUUGGUAGUACGUAGUAGGGUUUGUAAACAAACUGAAUCGAGUCGGAUAGUGAGAAUUUUUAUUUGUUUUUGUUUAAUUUUUUCCGAAUACGAAUUGAAAUUCGAAUAUGAAACGAAUAUUAAUUUCGAUUUGUAUUUGUAUUUAUAUUUGUUUAACAAUACGAAUAGUUAGCAGAUCAUAUACGAAUAUCGAAUCGAUUUGAGCAUAAGAAAAUACGUAGUAUUAGUCAAAUAUCAUUUUAAAAUAAUGUUUCCUACUUUGUAUAUUUUUUAUGUUAAAAAUGCAUGCUAUGAUUUAAUAUGUAUUUUUAGAAUUUGAUUUGUAACAUUACAUUUUCUUAAAAAUUAAUGGAUCAAUGCAUUUUUAGAUUGUGUACAAUAUAAUAAGGGAAAAAUAAUUAAAAUACAUCAAACUUUGAAGGGGUGUGAGAUGAAUAUUCCAAAUUUGCAUAUGUAUUUUAAAUGUCUCAGAUAUAAAAAGUUAUUUUGGCACCGAAGUCAAGUAUUAUUUCUUUCAAAAUGUUUUAGAAUUCAUGGAGACACAAUUAACAUUAUAAACUUCCAUUGAAAAAUAAAUAAUGCUAUCCCAAUCUAUAUAAUUGCAACACUUUUAAUUUGUUAUUUUAAAUUAUGAAAUUAAAUGAUUAACCCCAUAAAUUUACAUUUUUGAAAGAAAUAAUACAUAACAAUGGUGCGAAAAUAAAUUUUUAUAUAAAGUCUAGGGUAUUUAAAUUACAUGCAUAAGUUUGGUGUGUUUACUUCACACCACAUCAAAUUUUGUAGUAUUUUGAUUAUUUUUUCCAUAUAAUAAAGUGAAUCAGUUUUUUGAUUUUCUAAAUGUACAUCUAUUUCAAAAUUUUGAAAUAAAUACUAAGACACACAUAUUAGAAAUUAUACUUAUAAUGUGAGAAAUAAGUUUAUAAUUGUAUAUACCAAAAUCAACAUGACUCUAAUUUUAUGUUAGAUGUUUAACAUAGUUGCUAAUAAAAAAACCAUUAGAUAUACGAAGUAUAAUUAAAUCUACACACAUAGUGGAUAAAUUGAUUUUGUAUGAGUAUAAACGGAUAUAUUUGAUUAUUACUUGAAUUUAAUACAAAAUUAUUGUAUUCGUAUUUAAAUGAUAUUUGAACCAAAAAGCUAAUUUCUAUUUGUAUUUAUAUUAUUUAUUUUCAAAUUUAAAUCAUAAUUUUUGAAUCCAAAUCACGAAUCGAAUUAAAAAUAUUUGCUUCAUUAACAACCCUUAAUUCGUAUGAUUUAUUACAAAUAGGCUUGGAGUUUGUAUACGUAAAUGUAUAUAUGGACUACACUUUGCGGGUAUAGCUAUCUUUUAAUAAUUAUUAUAAUUAUAAUGUUAUCACUAUUAUUAUUAUUAUUAUUAAUAUUAUUAUUAUUAAUUAUUAAUAUUAUCACUAUUAUUUACGGAGUAUCAAAUAUCAUUCGAAAUUGAUAUUCUUAUUUGUAUUUGAUAACAAUUCAAAUCAAAUUUAAUAUUUUUAUUUGAAUUUGAAUUUUUCGAAUUCAAAUAGCCUUAUACGAAUUCGAAUCGCGAAUCGAACAUAAAUUAUUUGAUUCAUUUACAACCAUAAUUGAAAGAACCAUAAUUGAAAGUAGUAAAUUAGUUAUUUUGUUUAAUUUAUCAUUCAAUUUAGAAGAAUAGAAGUUUGUUUAAUUAGGCAACUUGUACUUUUAAGAAUAAGUGGUUUUGAUUUACUCUUUAGUAUAAGUGUGAUGUGUGUUUUGAAAAGGUUUAUAUUAUUUCAUUUUAAAACUUAUCCUUUUGAAUACUAAAAAAUUAUAUGUUUUUGUUUCAUUUUUAUGUUUUUACUUCAAUUUAUCCAUUUUCCAUAUAAUUUUUGUGUCGUUUUUUUUUGUUUUGUUUUUGUAUAUAUGGCCACCGAAAUCGAAAUGCUGAAAACGCCCCUGCUGCCCCACAGAACGACUUGCUUCUUUCCGACGCAAUUUCCAGACAGAGGUGGCGGAUUUGGUGCGUCAUCUUCGUCAAAGUUCCUUUUAGAUCACGAGAAGACCGGAGGGGGUCAAAAUGGGGGAAAGUCUGGAAAGGAGGACAGCGAUGAAGUUUCAUACGCUUCCUCUCGUUUUGAUGCAUCUGAAAGCGUCACUGGAGGAGACAAAAUUCACGGGAAGCAAUUGACCGCUUUUGUCAACUGGCUGACUGAGAAAAAGGUUAAAGACAAAUCAUCGCACCAUCAGAUUCCUCGAGCCGAAUUCGAAGUAGGAUUCGAAGAUGGUGGUGUGAAGGAUGAGGGCGGUGGUAAAUACCACCUCUUGCUUCCAACUCCGCCGGGGGCGGUGCCAAAAGUUGCUUCCUCUGACCACCGCCCAUCACGUGAUCACAAACCAUCAGUAAUUAGGCCGAAGGAUCACAAUGCGCCGUCGUUUCGGCGUCCACCCAGUGGGUUGGCAAAGCAAGCCCCAUUGCAGCGGUCACCAGUUACCUACAGCAACCACUUUAGUUGUCUGGGGAAGGAGAAGGGACUUGAUGUUGAAAGGAAAGCAUCCUUGCAGCGGCUUUCAAGUGCGGGCAGCACUACCGAUUCUUCGAGUUGGUUUUCAUGGUCAACAUCGGAUGGGAACCGGCCGAAUACCAGAUUCAAUGAUUCACACACGUCGACCACCUCGGGCCCAAAUGAGAAUGAAGUGGUUCCCAGGUGGAAGGAGAGCUAUUACUUGCAGCUCACGGUUGCCAGAAGCAUUGUUGAGCAAGCAACUAUUGCUAUUGAUGAGCCUCUGCAAGAAUGCAUGAGCGUUGAGGGUCUACCAGUAUCUUCUGACCCUCAGACCGUGUCCUUCCGCCUCUGGUGUUUGUGAAUUGUUCUUUGCACACCUCAAUCAUUCAGUGUCACAUUCAAAUUCCAGUCUAAUAUUUCAGGUAAGUGGGUGCUUGUCAUAUUUUGAUAAGAUAACAGAUGGAUUUUAUAACAUCUUGGGAAUGAAUCCAUAUUUGUGGGUGAUGUGCAAUAACAUGGAGGAAGGUAGUAGAUUACCAUCUCUGGUGGUACUUAAAGGUACUGAACACAGUGAUACAUCGAUGGAAGUGGUCCUCAUUGAUCAGUGUGGGGAUGCUAAGCUCAAGGAACUAGAAGAUAAAGCUCAAGAAAUAUUUUUUGCUGCAGAGAAUACACUUGUUUUAGCAGAAAAACUUGGAAAACUUGUUGCUGUCCAUAUGGGGGGAUCUUUUCCCAUGGAGCGAGGUGAUCUUUACCAGCGCUGGGAAAUUCUCAGCAAUAGACUUAAGGAUAUUCAUAGUUGCAUCGUUCUCCCAAUUGGUAAUUUAUCUGCAGGGCUUUGCAGGCAUAGGGCUGUUUUGUUCAAGAAAUUGGCGGACUAUGUGGGCUUGCCUUGCAGAAUAGCCAGAGGUUGCAAGUAUUGUGUUGAAGAUCACCGGUCUUCAUGUCUCAUAAAGAUUGUGGAUGACAGAAAAAAUGCUAGGGAAUUUGUAGUUGAUCUAGUAGGGGAACCUGGAAAUGUGCAUGGCCCAGAUUCAUCUAUUAAUGCAACUGAUCUUUGCUCUGUGCUUUCCCCCUUUCAAGUUGCUCAUCCUAAGGAAUUCCAGCUACCUAACAUGGAAGAAAAAGAAAAUCUACCAAUGCAUGAUAUUGUCCUUAUGGACAAGCCCAAAUGUUUCUGGUGCAGUCCAAAUCAGUUUUCUGAAAUCAAAUCACCUGAGAAACUUACCACUACAGCUGGUGUAAUUACAAGAGAUGAAUAUGAUGAACCCAGAGAUCAAAGUAAAAUAGUUCUAUUCCAGAAUAGCACACAAGAGAUUGUUCAGCCUAGACCACCUCCAUUUGCUGGUGGGCAUCCCAGCAUAAGUAAAUAUGUGGAGAGUGAGGUUACGCUUGAGAAUCUGAAGCAUUCGGAAGCAACCCUUCCAAAAUACCUGAAUCUUGAACCAUCUCUUGCAAUGGAUUGGCUCGAGAUCUCAUGGGAUGAGUUACAUAUCAAGGAGCGUGUUGGGGCUGGUUCUUUUGGAACUGUACAUCGAGCUGAAUGGAAUGGAUCUGAUGUUGCAGUCAAGGUGCUAUCUGUCCAAGAUUUUGAAGAUGACCAAUUAAGGGAGUUUCUAAGGGAGGUUGCAAUAAUGAAGCGUAUCCGCCAUCCAAAUGUGGUUCUCUUCAUGGGUGCAGUCACUAAACGUCCACAUCUAUCCAUAGUGACUGAAUAUCUACCUAGGGGAAGUCUAUACCGCUUAAUUCACCGACCAGCUAAUGGGGAAAUGAUGGAUCAAAGGAGGCGCUUACGAAUGGCUUUGGAUGUGGCCAAGGGUAUCAACUAUCUUCAUUGCCUUAGCCCCCCUGUGGUUCACUGGGAUCUUAAAUCUCCUAAUCUCUUGGUUGACAAGAAUCGGACUGUGAAGGUGUGUGAUUUUGGUCUGUCAAGGUUUAAACCUAAUACAUUCAUAUCUUCCAAAUCAGUUGCAGGAACUCCUGAGUGGAUGGCCCCUGAAUUUCUUCGUGGAGAACCAUCAAAUGAGAAGUCAGAUGUGUACAGUUUUGGUGUCAUUUUGUGGGAGCUUAUUACCCUUGAACAGCCUUGGUCUGGACUCUGCCCUGCUCAGGUGGUUGGAGCUGUUGCUUUCCAAAACAGAAGGCUUUCUAUGCCAGAGAACAUUUCUCCAACAAUGGCAUCUCUCAUUGAAGCUUGCUGGGAUGAUGACCCCGCCAAACGGCCGCCCUUUGGUAGUAUCGUGGAAACACUGAAGAAGCAGCUGAAGUCUCCCCUUAAUUUGAUUCAGAUGGGAGGGAACACUAAAGAAGCAGCUGAAGUCUUCCCUUAUUUUGAUUCAGAUGGGAGGGAAGUAAAGGUUCCCAGCUGUUGAUGCAGCUUUUGAAGAAUUUCAACUAUGAUAUUUAUAGAGAGAAGUGUGCAAAACACCGGAGAAGGAACACCAUGAAAUCAUAAAGUAAUAAUAUUUGUAAUACGUGACAUAAGGUGUCAGUGUGUCACUAUACAUCUGCAAGGAAAGUCAAGCAUGAGAGAAUCUUUUGAAUUAUUACAUGUACUAUUUUUGUACUACCUCCGUCCCUUAAAACUUUGCCAAAUUUGACCGGCACGAGAAUUAAUAAAGUAAAAACUGUGUGGUUGAGGUUUGUGCAGAGGAGAGAGAAUUCACUGGAACCACAAAUUCUUUACUUAAAAGGGAAAGUGGCAAAGUUAUUGGGACAACCAAAAAAGGAAAGUUGGCAAAGUUUUAAGGGACGGAGGGAGUAUUUCGUAUUAUUCACCUUCCUUAUUAUGGCCUUUUCCUUAUUUGAAGCUUUGUACUGUUGUAGUAUAAAUAAUGCUCGAUCGUUGGCAGUAGC